UUUAUUAUUUUUUGAAAAACUUAGACAUUUAUAAUUUGGUUCACCAAAAAAAUCCAAAGAAAUAAAAAAAAAACAAGGAGAAAGUUUAGCUGGGUUUUGUAUGUACACAUACAUAUGUAUGAAUUUGAAGUAAAAUUACUUGAUUUUGUGGCUGAUCUUUGAAGUAAAGAAGAUUAAAAAAAUGGGGGAAGUAGUAAUGAGUACUGAAGAAGAUUUAGAAAUAAUGGAGAUUCUGAAAGAAGAAGAAGAGAAGAAGAAAAAAGAAAGUAAAGAUGGUUCGACUAGAUUGCCUAAAAUGGGUCUUAGAAUUUUGUUGGUUGAAUAUGAUGAUUCUACUCGACAAAUUAUUGGUGCCCUUCUUCGAAAAUGCAAUUAUAAAGUUGCUUCAGUUGCUGACGGUCUGAAGGCUUGGGAAGUAUUGAAGGCCAGACCUCAUAACAUAGACCUCAUUUUGACAGAAGCUGAAUUGCCGUCAAUAUCAGGAUAUGCUCUUCUGACCUUGAUUAUGGAACACGAAAUCUGCAAGAACAUCCCCGUUAUAAUGAUGUCCACGAAUGAUCCAAUUAGCAUGGUCUAUAAAUGCAUGUUGAGAGGAGCAGCCGACUUUCUUAUUAAACCGAUAAGGAUAAAUGAGUUGAAGAACUUAUGGCAGCAUGUAUGGAGAAGAAAACAUCAGUUGAAUCGAGGAGGUGGACUUAGCCCACGGGAUGAGAGUGUUGGACAGGAAAAGCUCGAAGCCACAGCAGAAAACAAUGCUGGAAGUGACCACUCAAGCAGUUCCAAAACUUGUGCCCCAGGGCAAGAGCUGUGUAACAAAAAAGGAAGUGAUGCACAGAGCUCCUGUGGAAAGCAAAAUAUGGAAGAUGAGAGCGCGUACAUGGCUGAAGUAGAAGAUAACUCACAGCCAAAUCAGGGGAUUUCUCCUGUUUCAGAAUUGAUCAUACAGGAAAAUGGAAAAUUUGGCAAUUCAAGUCAAAAUUUACAAACUCCUGAGAGUGCUGUUGCAGGAUCAGAUACUGCUGCCUGCAACAGUAACAAUGCAAUCAAUGAAGAUCAAAAGGUAGAUCAACAAAGUCGUGAAGAGAAUGUGACUUUCUACACAGAAGAUAAUGAUAUCAUGGAUGUUAACCCCAAUUCUUCAAGAGAAGCCAUUGAUCUGAUUGGAGCUCUAGAUAGCCAUUCUAAUCACAACGUGUGCUUAAAUGACGGUGAAAACAGAUCAGAGCCCUCUCAACAGUUGGAUCUCAGUCUGAGGAGAUUCUUUCCUGGUGUUAUUGAAAAUAAGACUAGUAAUGAAAAUCAAAUGCUGAAUCAUUCCAACGCAUCAGCUUUUACACGGUAUGUGAACAAGGCAUCACAUAUGUCAAAUUCAAAUCCAAGUUCCAUUUCAACUCCUAAAGACAAAUUAGGCAAACCUGUUGAUCACUCAUCAGACAAUGCUCUAGAGAGAAGCUACAGUGCUAAGGAUCCUUUGCUUUCAUAUGAUAGAAAGGCGAUGUCCCUCUCAACAGAUCUCGCGAAAGAAGUUGAAAACGAGUACAGAGCUGCUUCAGAAAAACUAUUUCCCAUGCCACUUCCAGUGAGUGGGAUGCAAAUAGAUGUUUGUCCUAUGGCUUGCACACCAUCGGUCUCACCUAGUCCAAGCUCUGCCAACCAGCAAAUGAAUUCUUAUCAUCAAUUCAGCAUGGAUGUGAUUAACGGCAGACACCAUUUCCAACCCCUCGAACAAAGUCCUAAGCUAUCAUCCAAUCAACCAAUGAAUAUGCAGGAUCAAAAUAACCUGGAAUCUUUUGAGGAGCGAGCACACUUUUCUUCUGCUGCUGAUCAAAGUGCCAGUAGUUCUUUACAUAAUGACACAUCAGGAGUAGGGCAUCUAACCGGUGGUAGCUCUGAGGGAGGAAAUGAUCAAGGUCGUGUUUGUGAUUUGACUCGACAAAGGUCUUUGCAACGAGUAGCUGCCAUUAAUAAGUUCCGCUUGAAAAGAAAAGAAAGAUGCUACGAGAAGAAGGUUCGAUAUAAGAGCAGGAAAAAGCUUGCAGAGCAACGUCCACGAAUAAAAGGGCAAUUUGUACGUCAAGUACCUCCAGAUCCUCCACCACUAAAAUCUAACCAUUCAGGUGGCAAUUCAACUGCCAGUUAGCCAGGGAUGCCAUAUGUUUUGGUUUUGUUGUAUAGUACAUAUAGAUUAAUAGAUAGGUGUUAGUGUGAGAUUUUUGUAUUUAUUUAUAAGUAGGUCUGUAGAUGAAAUAACAUGCUUGUUUUGGUUCCGGAUUUUACAGACAGAAAUCCUGGAUGAAACUUGAGAUUACAAUUUAUACAAGAUUCAGGAACAUCAACUUCCAUUUAAA